UGUUCGACAGAUGCAUACCUUUUGCCACAGAUCCAAUACGACACUAAGAGCCUUUCGGCUUUCACGGACGCGCAAGUGUUCAAGUAUGCUGACAAGGUUCAAUUGUACUUCACCUGCACGGUUCAGCUGUGUUACAAACACGACGGAGGUUGCGACGGAGUGACGCCGCCGGCGUGCAACAAAGGUGACCCUGAACAUCUUCAACACUUGGAUGGCUUUCCAAAGGAAAGUACACCAGCUGUGGGACCACCGUUCAGGAUCCCCGACUUCCCGCAGAGCAUUCCAUUCGAACACAUUAAUGGCAAUGGGUAUCCAGAAACAGAGUUGGCCUCUCCUAAUAAUGGUGAUCACGGAAAUGGCGACUUCCUCGAAAGUCUUUUCAGUGGACCACCGUCGCGAGAAAAGAACUUUUUCGGACCAAUUGACAGGACGAAGGAUUUCAACAGCAAGCCAUACAGAGAUAGUCCUCUUAAUGAAACCGAUAUCGUCGAUGUCUCUUUUGCCAGCGAAAACCUGACGGUAAUAGAUACAAACGACAAAACUAAGAAGAAGAGAAGAGACCUGAACAUGGAGACUGAUCUCAGUAUAGACGUCAUCGUGCUGCCUUUUGAAAAGACAAAAUCCGGUCGUCCAAUGCCUCCGGCUACGCAUAUUUGCGUCUCACGGACCGCUUCAAUCCUGCUUCUACUGGCCAGCAUAAUCACAACGGCUCUUUUCGUGGUCGUUACGGUCAUCGUCAGCAGACGAUCGCCUUCCUAUCAGAAAGCCAUGGAUGCGUUCCAUUAA